UGAAGUGCUGGGGAGACUGCCGGCCCUCUUGCAGUUGGUGCAAACAUUUGCUAAUGAUUUAACUGUUUGAAAUGCAUAGCAAAACUACCCAGAGGAACAAGCAGAUAGCUAUGGGGAGGAAGAAAUUCAACAUGGAUCCCAAAAAGGGAAUUCAGUUUCUAAUAGAAAAUGACUUGCUGCAGAACUCCCCAGAAGACGUAGCCCAGUUCCUGUAUAAAGGAGAAGGCCUAAAUAAGACCGUAAUUGGGGACUAUCUAGGUGAAAGGGACGACUUUAAUAUUAAAGUUCUUCAAGCGUUUGUCGAACUCCAUGAGUUUGCUGAUCUGAACCUCGUUCAAGCCUUAAGGUAAGUGUCGGCGUGUCGGCUGUC